CGCUCCACGUGGGGAAGCUGGGAGCAGCCGCCUCCAGACCCAGAAGAGCCGGCGGGCGGGCGGGAGCGCGGCCGCUGCUGAGCCGGAGCAAUGGGCGGCCUGGAGAAGAAGAAGUACGAGAGGGGAUCUGCCACAAACUACAUCACUAGAAACAAGGCCCGGAAGAAACUACAGCUGAGCCUUGCAGACUUCAGGCGUCUGUGUAUCCUGAAGGGGAUCUACCCCCAUGAGCCCAAACACAAGAAAAAGGUGAACAGAGGCUCCACUGCUGCCCGGACCUUUUACCUCCUCAAAGACAUCAAGUUCCUCCUUCAUGAGCCCAUCGUCAACAAGUUCCGGGAGUAUAAGGUGUUUGUCCGAAAACUCCGGAAAGCGUACGGGAAAAGCGAGUGGAAUACCGUGGAGCGGCUGAAAGAUAACAAGCCCAGCUACAAGCUUGACCACAUCAUCAAGGAGAGGUACCCGACCUUCAUCGAUGCCCUGCGGGACCUGGAUGAUACGCUGUCCAUGUGCUUCCUCUUUGCCACCUUCCCGCGCACUGGCAAGUGCCAUGUACAGACCAUCCAGUUGUGCCGCCGGCUCACCGUGGAGUUCCUCAACUAUGUCAUUGCCUCCCGCUCCUUGCGCAAGGUGUUCCUGUCUAUCAAAGGGAUCUAUUACCAGGCCGAGGUGCUGGGGCAGCCCAUCACCUGGAUUGCUCCAUAUGCCUUUGCCCACGAUCACCCGACGGACGUGGACUACAGGGUCAUGGCAACCUUCACGGAGUUCUACACCACACUGCUGGGCUUUGUGAACUUCCGCCUCUACCAGUCCCUCAACCUGCACUACCCCCCCAAGAUUGAAGGCCAGGCUGAGGCAGAGCGGAAGUCGGAGGAGGGGCAGGCGUAUGCCAUGGACUCAGAAAGCUACAUGGAGAAGCUGUCGGCUCUGAGUGCCAGCCUAGCCCGAGUGGUAGCGCCGAACCCAGAGGAUGAAGUGCAGGUGGAUGAGUUCCCCGUGGACGGGGAGAGUGCGGAGCAGGAGGAGGCGAGGAAGAAGGAGCAGGAGGCAGUAGAGAAGCAGAAGAAGCUGUUUGAGGGGCUGCGGUUCUUCCUGAACAGAGAGGUGCCUCGGGAGCCCAUAGCCUUCAUCAUCCGGUGUUUUGGAGGCAGAGUGUCUUGGGAUAAGUCCGUGUGCAUCGGUGCCACCUACGAUGUGAGGGACCCAACCAUCACCCACCAGAUUGUCGACCGACCCAGCCUGGAGAAACAGGUGAUAGGCAGGUAUUACCUCCAGCCUCAGUGGGUGUUCGACUCGGUCAAUGCCAAGAUGUGCCUCCCGGUGGCUGAUUAUUUCCCUGGCGUGCUGCUGCCCCCGCACCUCUCGCCCUUCGUUUCGGAGAAGGAUGGGGACUACAUCCCGCCUGAGAAGCUGAAGCUGCUGGCCCUGCAGAGGGGCGAGAACCCAGCAGAAGAGAGCGGAGAGGAGGAGGAGGAUGACAGUGAUGAAGAUGAUGAUGAAGGCUCAGAAGGAGAAGAGCACUCUGAAAAGGAAGAUGAAGGGAAACUGAAGAAGCUGGAAGAGCAGCGAUCCCAGGGAAAGAAACUGCCAGUGAGGGUGUCGGUGGGCACGGUGCGGCUGGAGGACAAGCAGCGAUCAGCCCAGGAGGAGCAGAGCGAGGAGAAGCGUCUAGCCAUCAUGAUGAUGAAGAAGAGGGAGAAGUACCUCUACCAGAAAAUCAUGUUUGGGAAGAAGCGCAAAGUCCGAGAGGCGACCAGACUUGCCGAGAAGAGGAAAGCUCAUGAUGCUGCCACAAAAUCAGAGAAGAAAACCAAGAAGGUGCGACGGGAGUGA